UGCUGUAGUGCCUGGGGUGACUGUGCAGAGGGCACUUUGCCGCUCACUGCCCUGCAGGAGCAGACUGGAGGAUCCUGAGGAGCAUGAAAAUCUGAAAGUAUGGAGCUCUUCGCUAGACUAAUUUGCUUAACCGCUGCACCUUGGUACAAGAGGAACACAGAACUGAGUGGUCCGAAGAGAAAAUAAGUAGCUGUUUGUGAACAGCCAAGAAGAACCCAGUACACCCAAGGAUGUGCUUCUACUGGCAACAGAUGUAAUCCUGGUAGGAACAUCCCCUCUGUUGAUGAGGGUUCCUGAUUGCUUAACCUGGCAUAACUGUCCAGAUGGACCAAGGAGAAGAACAAGAUCAUGAGGCCUUGGAGGAGAUGCGCACAGGUCCCCUUCCAGGGGGAAGGUCCCAGAAGGUACCAGCAGGUCCCCUUCCAGGAGAUCAUGCGAGUGCAGAUCAGCAGGAUUUGCUGACAGUGGGGACCAGAGGAGGAGAGGAGAGCCCAGGAGAUAGCCAUGCAAGUCAGCACAGUUCCUCAGAGGCACAGAUUGGUGACUGUGAGAAGGAGGAAGAGGCGGCUAAGCUACCUUGCUCUGAUGGCAGCCUGGCAAAAAGACAGGAGAAAGGGCAGGCAGCAGCCACACGGCGAGCCCCUCGCGCUGAGCGGCCCACCAUCUGCUCUGAGUGUGGUAAGGGCUUCAGUCGGAGCAUCCACCUCAUCCAGCACCAGCGCAUGCACACAGGAGAGCGCCCAUUCCUGUGCGGGGAGUGCGGCAAGGGCUUCAGCCAGAGCUCCCAUCUCAUUCAGCACCGCCGGGUCCACACAGGCCAGAAACCCUACACCUGUGCCGAGUGUGGAAAGAGCUUCAGCCAGAGCUCCAACCUCCUCAAGCACCAGCGCAUCCACACUGGGCUCAAACCUUAUGUGUGUGGUGAGUGCGGGAAAAUCUUCAGCGACAGCUCCACCUGCAUCAAACACCAACGCAUGCACACGGGUGAGCGGCCCUACAAGUGUCCAGCCUGUGGGAAGAGCUUCAGCCAACGCUCCCACCUCCUCCAGCAUCAGCGAGCCCACGAGGGUGUUCGGCCCUAUGCUUGUGGACAGUGUGGCAAACGUUUUGGGCAGAGCUCUGACCUCAUUAACCACGCUCGCACCCACACUGGUGAGAAGCCUUACAAAUGCAGUCAGUGCGGCCGGGGCUUCAGCGGCAACUCCAACCUCAUCAAGCACACUCGCAUCCACACUGGUGAACAGCCAUACCGUUGCAGCCAGUGUGGGGAAAGCUUUCGUUUCCAGCCCCAGCUGGUGCGCCACCAGAAGCACCAUACAGAGUAGUUGGGGGAGAGGAUAAAAGCUAUGUGGACCUUUGGCAGUUACCUGGUGCUGGGAAGUCACGCAGCUGCUCCCUGCGGCAUGAACACCGCUUAUGGGGCAUGAAGGUGGAGGGUGGGAGCCCUCAGAGCCUUUCCCCUUCUCCUCCAGUUAAAUCUGCUUGUGAGCAUUGUCCAGACACUCAAGCAGGGAGGGAGGCCGCUGCAGAAGGAACUAGUGCAUGUUCACUGCUGUGUAGUGGUAGUUCUGAGCUUCUCUUUUGGGGAUGAAGGCAAGAAAGGUGCUUAUGGUACAUUCAAGUAGGAGAAGGAGAAUGAGAAGGGAGAACAUUGAAACGUUCCAAGGAUCAGUGCCUUUUUCUGUUAUUUUUAUUGGGGAGUGAUUUUUAUCCCUGUUAAAAAAAAAAAAAAACAGCUACAAUCUAUAACUGUGUCCUGUACAAGCUGCCUUGGUUUUGCCAUUGUGAUGAGGCCACAACUUGGGAUGAUGGCUCCCCCUUAGAAUAUACAUCUCCCACUUGCUGGUAUUCUUGGUUUUAGGUGGUGUUAACAUCUAUUUAUUUUAAAACCCCACAACACUAUGUUGGGUGUCUCAACAUACCUGUUGUAGAUCCACCUGACGCUAUGCUGAAGCCAUGUCUAUGGAACCGUAUUUUGCUGUUAUAUGUUAGUUAAAUUGACAGUUCCACAAAUCCUGCUGCUGUUUGACAACUUAUUCCUCAGUAGCAAUUAUGACAAUUAACAUCCUAAUAGAUAUUUCUCUCAGAUUCGAGUUAAGGUGCUUUUGUGGGUGGCACUUUAUGAAUGUUUUUAUAAGGCUUUUAAAAGUACUUAGGAUGACUUUUCUAAUUGUGAUCUUCUAUUUCUCAGUUGAUGAACAGAGAGGAUGCUUGAAAAAUAAGCUAUGUCAAACUUUGAUUUAUAUUAAAUGUUAAACGUUUCUUCUUGCAUAAA